GCCUCGUCGCUCGCCGCCCACUGCUCCCCUGCAUCUGCCCAGCAUCUGCCGAGCGUCUGCCCGGCGUCUGCACUGCAUCUGUCCAGAGUCACCCCGCCGCACCCGCCAUGUCCCAGAAAGCCAGCAGCAUCGUCGUCCUCUACGCCUCGCAAACCGGCAAUGCCGAGUGGAUCUCGUCGCACAUCCACCAUGAAGCGCAGGAACGGGGAUACUCGUCCUCGCACUUUGUCAUGGACGACUAUGCCAAGGUUCCCUUUGCCGAGAACAACAUUUUGGUCUUUGUGACCUCGACCACCGGCGACGGCGAUCCGCCAGACAACUCGACAAAGUUCUGGCGCUGGUUCCGUCGUGCCAAGAAAGGCGAGCUGGAUGCGCUCAAGGACAAAAAGUUUGUCAUGCUCGGUCUUGGAGAUACCAACUAUUCCAACUUCUGCCAGGCCGCCAAGCGUUUGGAGCGAAAGCUGCUCGAUCUGGGCGCCAUGCCUCUGUUCCCCAAGGGUCUCGCCGAUGAAGCAACCGGCCUUGAGCCGGCCGUCGAGGGCUGGCUGGAGACCCUGUGGAAGGAGCUUCCGAAUGUCGUCGAAUUCGAUGCGACCAAAUCUCAGUCCUAUCACGAGCGAGUGCAGGCGGAAGGAAAGGUCUCCGCAUUUGGCACUCGCAGUACCAAGACUGGCGAUGCAAAGACUCCCGAAGAGCCCAAGGCUGCAGAGCCUUUGUCCAAGCCUGCUCCCGCUGAGUCUACUGCGACAAUUGUCGUGAAGGAGCUGGCCGAGGCGCUGCCGGCUGUGCCCAAACAGCCGGACUACACUCCGGUGCCGAUUGUCGUCGAUAUGUCGUCUCUGGGAGAGGCCACGUCCCUCACUGGCCUGGCCAAGCUCCCUCCCACGUAUCUGGACGUCAUUCCGUUUGAGGAGCCCCGUCUGCUCAAGGCCAGCCGGACGAUCGUGUUCCCGUUCUCGACGUCGACGUGGAAUCCCGCCGAGACCUUCACGACCGAGGACGGCGCCAAUUCGUCAGUGUAUGCAUACACGGCGCAUAUUCCAUACACCCAGGCCAAGUUGGCAUCGGUCCGCUGCCUGACCGGUAACAAAGCCCUCAAGAGAGUCAUCGAGAUUGUGCUGGAUCUCGGAGCGCUGGACUGGGACUACGUCCCAGGCUCGUCGUUUGGCAUCGUCUGUCCCAACCCUGACGGACUGGUCCUGCCACUCUUGAAGCGACUUGGUCUGGACCCCGAAACCGUCGUCGAGGUGAAGCCCAAGAAAAAGGAAGAUGCUCCCCCCUUUGAGACAGAGAUCCCGCCAUCCUACUACGAGAUCUUCCGCCACUUCUUGGACCUACACUCGCUGCCCCGCAAGUCCCUCUUCCGUCUGUUGGCCGAGUACACGUCCGAUGAGAAGGAAAAGACCCAGCUCAUGUUCCUGUCGAGCACUCAAGGAAGCAACGCAUACAAAGCCCUCCGUGCCCAAGCCCCCACCCUGCUUGACAUCCUCGCCACCUUCCCUUCGUGCCAUGUUCCUGUCGAUCGCCUGCUCGAGGCUGUCCCCCGACUUCAACCUCGAUUUUACUCGGUCGCAUCCUCCCCCCUCGAUGGCGCCAACCAGGUUGCCUUUGCCUUCAACAUUGUCGAGUACGAGACCGAGGGGCCAAACAAGAAAACCGUGCACGGUCUGUGCUCGACGUGGCUGGACCAGCUGACCGGUAGUGUUGUCGAGCAAGGCAAAGUCGAUCUCACAAGCAAGGCGAUCAAGAUUGCCAUGUUCCCGAGACCCGCAGGUGACUUUGUCCUGCCCGAGUCCUUCGAGAGACCGAUUGUCAUGGUCUCUGCCGGCACGGGCAUCACGCCGUUCAUUGGAUUCCUGAAGCAUCGCGCUGCUCACAAGAAAGCGCACUCAGGCACCCCUGUCGGCCCCGCGCUCCUCUACCACGGCCGCCGAUUCCAGCAGGACGAUGCUCUGUACGCCCCUGAGAUUGAAUUGUUCAAGAAGGACGGCUCGCUCACCGAGAUGCAUGUUGCCACGUCGCGCGAGCCCGAGGGUUUCAAAUACGUGCAGGACCACCUCCGUGCUCAUGCGGCCGACAUCUGGUCGUGGAUCCAGAAAGAUGCUGUGAUUUAUGUCUGCGGAUCGGUUGCCAUGGCCAAGGAAGUCCAGAACGCGCUCGUCGAGGUUGUGCAGAAGGAGGGCAAGCUUGAGGGCGCCGUGCAGGCGAUUGAGUUCCUCGCCGAGUUGUCGAACACCAAGCGAUACCUCAAAGACAUUUGGUCGUGAGGAACGAGCGGCGUCGAUGGCAUUGCUGGGUCGAUCACGGAAAACGGCCGCUAUACUCUAUGAUUCGCUCGUCAUGGUGUGUGAGGGCUGCCAUGCCGCCGGCUCUGAGAUGUCUAGAUCGCAGAAGUAGAACCUCACACAAACCGAAACGGCACCAUCGUUUCUGAGCGCGACUGGCGGCCUUUUCGAGGUCCUGAAUACACAUCCAUCCAUCCAUCCAUC